AAAUCUUCCUGUCCUGGCCUCAGACUGCCUGCCUGCUUGGCCUGUGCACAGCCUGCCUCUCUCCCAGUCCUGUCUGCCACCCGGGCUGCCUGCCCUGGGUCUCAGCCUGUGUCCUCCAUCUCUAGGGCUGGCGAGGGACUGGGCCGGACACCGUGGCCCACCCUCUCAUCACUGGGCAAGGCUCCUUCCUCAUUUUGCUGCUGAUUCUAGCCCCAAACAAAACAGGUUAAGCCUUUUUCCUCCCUCCAGCAGUUGUCUCUGGCUUGUGGCUGCCUUCUGAGUGCAGACGGCGCCGGCUGCGAGGGGGGGUGCCUGGGCCAGCUGUGCUGGGACUGGGACGGUGCUCUUGGCUCCUGGCCCAUGUUCAGCCCUGCCUGAGGCAGGAGCACUUGCAUUUGCCACGGCAGACGCCUGAGGAUGAUGCCCCAGCUGCAGUUCCGAGAUGCUUUCUGGUGCAGGGAUUUUACAGCCCACACGGGCUACGAGGUGCUGCUGCAGCGGCUACUGGAUGGCAGGAAGAUGUGCAAAGAUGUGGAGGAGCUGCUCAGGCAGAGGGCCCAGGCCGAGGAGAGGUAUGGGAAGGAGCUGGUGCAGAUUGCGAGGAAGGCCGGUGGCCAGACAGAGAUCAAUUCCCUGAGGACCUCCUUUGACUCCCUGAAGCAGCAAAUGGAGAAUGUGGGCAGUGCACACAUUCAGCUGGCCCUGGCCCUGCGUGAGGAGCUGCGGAGCCUGGAGGAGUUCCGUGAGAGACAGAAGGAACAGCGGAAGAAGUAUGAGGCUGUCAUGGACCGUGUCCAGAAGAGCAAGCUGUCACUCUACAAGAAGGCCAUGGAGUCCAAGAAGACAUACGACCAGAAGUGCCGGGAUGCGGAUGAUGCCGAGCAGGCCUUUGAGCGUGUUAGUGUCAAUGGCCACCAGAAGCAAGUAGAGAAGAGCCAGAACAAAGCCAAGCAGUGCAAGGACUCAGCCACAGAGGCAGAGCGAGUGUACAAGCAAACCAUUGAGCAGCUGGAGAAAGCUCGGAAUGAAUGGGAGCAGGAGCACCGGACCACCUGUGAGGCCUUUCAGCUACAGGAGUUUGACCGGCUGACCAUCCUCCGCAAUGCCCUGUGGGUGCACUGCAACCAGCUCUCCAUGCAGUGUGUCAAGGAUGAUGAGCUCUAUGAGGAAGUACGGCUGACCCUUGAAGGUUGCAGUGUGGACAGUGACAUCAGUGGUUUCAUUCAGGCCAAGAGCACAGGCACUGAGCCCCCAGCUCCGGUGCCUUAUCAGAACUAUUAUGACCGAGAGGUCACUCCAUUGGCCGGAAGCCCUGGUGUCCAGCCAUCCUGCGGCAUGAUAAAGAGGUUCUCCGGGCUGCUGCAUGGGAGUCCCAAGACCAUAUCCUAUCAAGCUCCUGCUGCAUCCACAGAGACUCUGGCCCCAACUCCUGAGCCGAAUGAGCUUGUCUAUGCAGCCAUCAAUGUCCAAGGGACACAGGGCAACCUUGUCUCACCAGCCCAGGACUACCGGGCGCUCUACGACUACACGGCACAGAAUUCCGAUGAGCUGGACAUUUCUGCGGGAGAUGUCCUGGUGGUCAUCCAGGAAGGGGAGGAUGGCUGGUGGACAGUGGAACAGAAUGGACAGCGUGGCUUCGUCCCUGGAUCCUACCUGGAGAAGCUCUGAGGAAGGAGCGGCCGUCCCCACACAGGCCUGUCCUGCCUGUGCAGCCAAGACUGUUCCCACCACUGCCCAGGCCUUGUGGGGUCAGUACCAAGCCUGGCCCUCCUGGGGAUGGAACAGGUGCUGGCUGCUCCCUGAGGAGUUUCUCCCAGAAGGAAUAAAG